UACCUUCAAUCGAAGUAUACUGUUGUUAGGUGACUGAACAUUACAGAAUGGAUGACGAUAUUAUAGAAAAACCGUCUUGUAAAAUUUUGUAUCGUCAGUCCUCUUUAGAAACUAGGCUGUCUCCAAUACACUUAUCCGACAACUCUAGCUCUGACUCUGAAUAUGAAGAAGAAAAGGAUGCCCCGAAGAUAAUAGAAUGCAAGCCAAAAUCGGAAUCCAGUAUUAGUGAAAAUAACCAGGGAACUAAACCAAAAUUCAACAACCAAUUCAAGGAAGAAUUAAAGCAAAAAUUAGGAAAGAAUUUGCAGAAAAAUAAAAAUGGUAAUAAAUCCACAUUUUCUAACAAAUUUUCAGCUAAUAAUGAAAAGGACAAUGUAUCAGUUAUGGGUCAAAAUAAACUCGCGAUGGAAGAGAAAAUUAAGCAAGUGGAUUUAAUGAGGAUAGCAGAUAAUACUACAAAGGAAGAUAUAUCAUUAGUAGGUUCUAUGAAAGCAUUGACUUUACCAAAAAAAGAAGUAGAAGAAGAAACCGUGGGAGACGGUUGUAAAAGUGAAGAAAUGGCGACUGCAAGGCCCAAAUCUCCUAAACCUGUUGCCAUUAGGGGCGAAAAAGAUGAAUCAAUUUGGGACAAAUUAGGAACUUUAGGUCGCAAAAAACGUAUUAAGGAAGUUCAAGAGGUACAAGCUGAGGGCAAAUAUGCAAUCGACUCUCCAGGAUGCCCUGCUGCUCCUAUAAUUCCACCAGAAGAAUAUAAUCUUGAUGAUAACGAAGAAAGGUGCAUGAUUGAUAAAAGAGCAUAUGAUGAUCCCAAGUUUAACGAGUUACUGAAUGUUUUGAUGGAAUGGGUAAAUGAUGAAUUAGCUUCACAGAGGAUAAUUGUUCAAGAUUUGUCGGAAGAUUUGUAUGACGGACAAGUUUUGCAGAAGUUAUUAGAAAAAUUGACGGGAGACAAGUUAGAUGUACCAGAGGUUACUCAGUCAGAGGAGGGCCAGAAACAAAAACUAUCAGUAGUGUUAAGUCACUUUAAUCAAGUUUUGGGAAUACAGAGAAUAAAGCACAACAAAUGGAGCGUUGAAGCUAUUCAUUCCAAAAAUAUUGUCGCGAUCACACACCUGCUAGUGGCGUUAGCGAGGCAUUUUCGACCACCCGUACGUUUACCCGAACAUGUAUCAGUAGAUGUAGUGGUUGUUCAGAAGGUUAAAGGGGUAUUGAAUCACAAAAUCAUAAAGGAAAGCCUUACUAAAGCAUAUGAUGACGUAGGCAUGAGGUGUGAACGCGAUGCGUUUGACACCCUCUUUGACCAUGCUCCAGACAAGCUGCAGGUUGUGAAGAAGUCUUUGGUAACUUUUGUUAACAAACAUUUAAACAAGAUGAAUUUCGAGGUCACAGAAAUAGAAAGCCAGUUCCACGACGGAGUAUAUCUGAUUAUGUUGAUGGGCUUAUUGGAGGGAUUCUUCGUUCCACAUUACAGCUUCCACUUAACCCCUCACGAGUUUGACCAAAAAGUUCACAAUGUGACGUUUGCAUUUGAACUUAUGGAGGAGGUGGGUUUGCAAAAGCCCAAGGCCAGGCCAGAAGAUGUGGUGAAUAUGGAUUUGAAAUCUACCCUUAGGGUGCUUUAUAAUCUGUUUUUGAAAUACAAGACGAUCCUUUGAAUGAGAAAUGAACGAAAUUGGUGCCUUAUACUGCCUUUAAUGUUGCCUUGGAUAUUAAUCUCGUAUAACGUUACUGACAAUUUUAUAAUUCCCUUUUAAUUAAAAAAAACGCUAAACUAUUUUAUAAGUAU